AUGCAAGAACCAGCUGGCACAGCAGGCCAGAGCAGCAGCGAGACACGACACGGCGACCCCUCUGCGAGAGAGGCUCCUGCAGGUCAGGAGGGCGCUGGAGCAGACACAAGCACAGGCUUUCGGAGCCGUGCGGAGUUCCUGGGGCGGCCCUGGGAUCCCCUCCCGCUAACAUGCGAGGCGUGCCUGGGACGGGGCCGCGGGCGCCGCCAGAGGGUGUGCGGCGCCGACUUCCAAGAAAUCCGUGCGGCCCUCCGAAAAACUGCGCCUGCGCCGCUGCUCGCUUGCUCUUCUAGGCUCGCACGAAGCGAGCACGAGGGCACUAGGAGGAUGCAGAGAGGGGGGGUCCGACACAGCACGGCACGACGGGCGCCCAGCCGGCGCGUGCGCCGCGUGCAGCCCCGGGGGUGA